CCCCUGCUCUCUUUCCAUAGUAAUGGCGGACGUAACCGAUCAUGCAAAAAAUAUCAAUGAUCAAGUCCAAAUCCGCCAUGAGGAAGAAGAGAAAGAGGAAGAUCAGGAGAUAUCUAAUCUCCAACCGCAGCAGCAGCAGCUCAACUCGAAGAAUCUUCGGCGUUAUGAUUCUCUCGAUAUCGAAUCUGCUAAGGUCCAUGGCGCCGAUCCAGUUCACAGUCGCACCAAGGGAAUGGAAUGGGCGAUUAUACUGCAAUUGGCAUUUCAGAGUUUGGGCGUGGUGUACGGAGAUAUCGGAACGUCUCCGUUGUAUGUAUACGCUGGCACAUUCACUGAAGGGAUUAAGCAUAACGAUGAUAUUUUAGGAGUUCUUUCAUUGAUUUACUAUACAAUCACUCUUAUUCCUCUUAUCAAAUAUGUUUUCAUUGUUCUCCGAGCAACCGAUAACGGCGACGGUGGAACAUUUGCGUUGUAUUCACUGCUAUGUCGGUAUGCAAAAGUUGGAUUAAUACCUAGCCAAGAGGCAGCGGACAGGGAUGUAUCAACGUUUAAGUUGGAGCUGCCUAGCAAUCGUCUUCGGCGAGCUUCUAUGCUCAAGGCGAAACUCGAGAAGAGCGAAUUCGCUAAAUUAUUCCUCUUAUUUGCUACCAUGCUUGGCACUUCUAUGGUGAUCGGUGAUGGUGUCCUCACGCCUUGCAUUUCAGUUUUAUCUGCUGUAGGAGGUAUCAAGGAAGCUACAUCAGUCAUGACUGAAGGGAGGAUAGUUUGGGUAUCAGCUGGAAUCUUGAUUGUCCUAUUUUCAGUUCAAAGGUUUGGGACAGACAAAGUGGGUUAUACCUUUGCUCCAAUAAUAUGCAUAUGGUUAUUCUUCAAUGCAUCAAUUGGUUUCUACAAUUUCUUCCACCAUGAUACUUCUGUUAUAAAGGCAAUCAACCCUUGGUAUAUCUUUAAGUAUUUUCAAAGAAACAAGAAAGCUGCUUGGAUUUCCCUCGGUGGUGUUGUCCUUUCCACCACAGGGACUGAGGCAUUGUUUGCUGAUGUGGGUCACUUCAGUGUUAAAUCAAUACAAAUAAGCAUGUGCUCUGUUGUUUAUCCUGCAAUCUUGUUAUCUUACACAGGACAAGCUUCUUACCUUAGAAAGAACAGUGAAAAUGUCGCAAAUGUGUUCUUCAAAUCCCUUCCAGGCCCUAUGUAUUGGCCGACUUUUGUGGUGUCGGUUUUGGCAGCGAUUAUAGCAAGUCAGGCUUUGAUAUCAGGGACAUUCUCUAUUAUCCAACAAUCAAUCUCUCUGGGCUGCUUCCCACGAGUGAAAAUCGUGCACACUUCAGCCAAAUAUCAAGGCCAGGUAUACAUCCCAGAAGUUAACUACCUUCUCAUGGUUGCAUGCGUUUGUGUCACCCUCGGUUUCAGAACAACUGCUAAAAUUGGAAAUGCAUACGGGAUUGCGGUUGUGUUUGUCAUGACAUUGACGUCGGGAUUCUUGGUUCUCAUCAUGAUCAUUAUAUGGAAGACAAACAUACUUAUAGUAAUCACAUACGUUUUAAUAAUCGGGAGUGUUGAGCUUCUGUACCUGAGCUCUGUCCUGUACAAGUUUGAUCAAGGUGGUUACUUACCCCUAGUCUUCGCAAUGUUCUUGAUGGGGACAAUGUUCGUGUGGAACGACGUUUACAGGAGAAAAUACUAUUACGAGCUCCAAAACAAAAUAUCUCCAGAGAAGGUGAAAGAGAUGGCAAAUGAUUCGAAUUGCGUUCGCAUGCCAGGGCUUGCGAUUUUCUACUCGGAACUUGUCCAAGGAAUCCCUCCCAUCUUCAAGCAUUACGUGGGCAAUGUUCCGGCUCUGCAUUCAGUUUUGGUAUUUGUUUCGAUCAAGUCCUUGCCUAUAAGCAGAGUGCCACCAGAAGAACGGUUCCUUUUCCGUCGAAUAAAUCCUAGAGAGCUUAGUGUUUUCCGAUGUGUGGUGAGAUACGGCUACACAGACGCGAGGAACGAGGACGAGCCGUUUGAGAAGUUGUUAGUGGAGAGGCUGAAGGAGUUCGUGAAGGAGGAUGGCAUGUUCUUGGUCAUGUCAUCGGGAGAUGAAGAUGAUCAGGGAGAGAAUUAUAACGAGGAGGAAUGGAGGGAAGAUGGGAGAGAAAAGGAGAAUGAAAGGGAGGUUGAGUUGCUUAACAAGGCGUGGUUGUCGGGUGUGGUUCAUCUGGUUGGGGAAAGCGAUGUGGUGGCGGGGAAGGGAGCUGGGGUUGUGAAGAGCGUUUUGAUUGAAUCGUAUAAUUUCCUGAAAAGGAAUUUGAGACAGACGGAGAAAAUGUUUGAUAUACCUCACCAACGGAUGCUGAAAGUGGGCAUGACUUAUGAGCUUUAGAUAUUAAGGAAUUAUGAUGAAUGUGUUUUUUUUUAAAUUUGUAUAUUACUAUACUUUAUAUUUAAAUGAAGUCAAAAUCCUAAAUAUAUUCUCUGUUUAUC